GAGACGCGAAAGAAGUGCAGAAGCCAACCAGUGGCGCUGAGACGGUUCGUGGCGUCGUCGACAGGCGGCGCCAGGCGGCGACGGACAUCGGCUUUUUUUGCGAGCUGCGGACAGGCAGGCGGAUCGCCGGCUCUAGCUGUGAGUGCCAGGUCGGAGCCCCGGUCGGAAGUCCGCGUGCUCCUCGUGGGGAAGCGAAGGUGUCCCUUUUUUUCCCGCCGUAGCCCAAGGCGCCGCUCCGGCGUGCGUGCGCGAGGUGCAGCGCGCGGCGUGCUGGAAGUUGCUGUUGCUGUUCACGUGCCGUUCUGCACGCAGCUGAGGCAACUCCGUCACUGGGAGAUAAAUCCACACAAGUAAGGAGACGAGACCAUUGGGAAAAAGGCGUCGUCUUCGUCGACUUUGCACUGAAAUGGACUCCCUCUGAGCGAAUCUGUUUUCGCUCCUUACAGUAUUUCCUCCUGACAGUCACAACGGCGAAACCCUACAGUUGAACGUCGCGCAGUCCAAUGACAAGUGAAAAACUCCCACUCUCUACAGCAUAGUGUAUGGAGCAGAAGAAACAGAAAUGGCGUUGCGAAAAGUGUGCUCGCCAUGCCUCGAAAGAAAAACCGACUGUGGCUUGAAAAGAUAUCAGCUGCCGACUCGUGGCUGAUAUAUGCAGCGAGCACCCCGAGAAAAUCCGCAGGCAUUGCUACACCGAGCAGAAUUUAGGAGGAGAUAUAUCGGAAGGGCCAAUCGGUUUCUCUAAGACAUGUCGACUCCCACGUCGUUUUGGCUUCGUACGUUCAAAACCGCGUUAUAGUGCGUGCGAAAAGUUCACUGAGACUCGGUGUUGGACGAGUCUCAACAAAUGUCCCUGCCCUGAAAGGUUCUCGAAGCUCAUCCGUUGUGACUGCGGGACAGUGCGUACGCCUAAGGCCCUCGCCGCUUAUACCGACCGCUGGCGAAACUCUGCGGAGACAGUGAAUGACGCUCGUUCUGCUUGGAACUCGAAUGCGAGACAGUGAUGUGCUUUGAACCGCAGUGAGCCGACUGUGGUCUGCACAAUGGAGAGCAACGACAAGGCCCGCUUUCUUCUGCUACUACUCGCCUCGCUCGCCACCAGCUCGUGGGCCUCCACGUCGGGCCAGGGUCCCCGGUUCGUUCGAGAACCUCCGCCGCGGCUUCGCUUCCACAACAGCACGGGAGGCAGCCUCGAGUGCUCGGCCCGUGGCCACCCCACGCCGGAGCUCCGUUGGCUCGCCUUGGACGACACCGGCGUAGUUCCCGGUGCGCCCGCACUCGACCUGCCAGGCCUACGCCGAGUGCGCGCCGACGGGUCGCUGGAGUUCCUCCCGUUCCGUGCCGACGAGUAUCGGCAGGACGUGCACUCGGCCACCUACCGCUGCCUCGCCUCCAACCGCAUCGGGGUGGUCGGCAGCAGGGAUGUCCACGUGCGUGCGGUUGUGCAGCACCCGUACAAGCCACAAGUGUACGACGAAUUCGUCAUCGCGGGAAACACCGCAGUUUUCCGCUGCAGCGUCCCGAGCUUCGUGCGUGACUUCCUGGAAUUCUUCGCGUGGAUACGAGACGACGGCACGGUCAUCACCAGCAGCUUGGAGAAAGGCCGGUACAGCAUCUUGCCCACCGGGGAGCUUUACGUCCGUCAUGUGGAGUCCGGAGAUCGCCUGCGGAGCUAUCGCUGCAAAACGAGGCACAAGCUGACCAACGAGGUCGUGACGAGUGCCUCGUCAGGCAGGCUCAUCAUUCAAGAACCUCAGGGAGCUGCAUCUCCCAAGAUCACCGACAGCCACCCUUUUGUCCAUGCUGUCGAGGGACAAGACGCUGUUGAACUGGCCUGUGCAGCUCAGGGCUAUCCAAUCCCAUCUUACCGUUGGUACAGAGAGCUCGGUGGUCGGCUGCUGGACUUGACUCGCGACCUGCGAACGACUCAGACGGAAGGGUCUCUCCUGCUCUCAGCGCCACUCGUUAGGGACAGUGGCAAAUAUUUCUGCGUCGUCAAUAACAGCGUCGGCGAGGAACAAGUCCGUACUACUCUUUCCAUUACAGCACCGCUGAAGGCCGAGCUGUUCCCGGCGGUGCAGACGGCCGACGUUGGCCAGCCGGCGGUGUUUAACUGCACGGUGACCGGGCACCCCGUGCGGUCGUUGUCCUGGUACAAGGACCAGCGGCCCCUGGAGGCCAACGCCCGGGUCUCGUUCCUCGCCACGGGCAUGAUGCGCAUAAGCUCUGUGCUCAGAGAAGACGCGGGCAUGUACCAGUGCUACGCGCACAAUGAAGCCGACUCUGCGCAGGGAUCUGCGGAGCUGCGGCUUGGUGACGUGGCACCCUUCCUGACGUCCGUGUUCGACGAGCAGACACUACAGCCCGGCGCGUCGGUGUCCCUCCGCUGUUCGGCGGCGGGAAACCCGCUGCCGCAGGUCACCUGGACCCUGGACGACGCGCCGGUGCCGGACUUCCACCGAUUCCGCGUGGGCGACUUCGUCACGGCCGACUCCGUGGUCGUCAGCUUCGUCAACGUCACCGAGCUUCGGGUCGAGGAUGGUGGCCUUUACGCCUGCGUCGCGGCCAAUGCCGUCGGCGAAGCGAGUCACGGCGCCCGCGUGAACGUUCACGGCCCUCCGGUCAUUCGGCCCAUGAGCAACAUCUCGGUGGUCGCCGGCACCACGCUGAGGGUGGUCUGCCCGGUGGCGGGCUACCCCAUAAACAGCAUCACCUGGUUCAAAGGCGAUGCCCAGCUGCCGACCAACCACCGACAGCAGAUGGCGCAGAGCUCGCUCAGCGUGCACAACGUGCAGCGGGCCACCGAUGAGGGCGAAUACUCCUGCCUGGCCCGCAGCGGGAACCUCUCGGCGCGUGGCAACACCUUCGUCAGGGUCCGAGUGCCUCCGGUUAUCGACAGCCAGAUGCUUCCGGACGUCCUGACGGCGAACGAAGGCAUGAAUGUGAAGAUGCUGUGCAGCGUGGUCCAGGGGGACCCACCCAUCACUUUGCGCUGGACGCGUGGUGGUCGCAACGUGGCGCGAAGUGCAUCGGUGUCCCUACAGAGCCUCGAGGACUCCUCAGUGCUAACGAUGAAAGGCGUGUCCAUGCGGGACUCCGGAAACUACACGUGCGAGGCGUCCAACAGGGCAUUAGCUGUGAACCGGACCGUUUCCCUUGUCGUCAACGUGCCGCCCAUGUGGACGACCGAGCCAUCCAACGGCAACGUGGUCCUCGGAGGCAUCACGGCACUGCACUGCGCCGCUGAUGGAUUCCCCAUGCCUCGCAUCGACUGGAAGAGGGCGCAGGGCAGUGAACCACGGAACUUUCGGCUCGUCUCCGGCAGCUACCGCAUUCACGUGCACACAAAUGGCACGCUGGUUGUCCAAGACGCUGAGCUAGCGGACGCAGGAUACUAUCUCUGCGAAGCGCACAAUGGCAUCGGCGUCGGCCUCAGCCGAGUCGUCACGCUAGCCGUGAACGUGCCCCCGAGUUUUCCUUCAAAGUUUACGAGCCAGAACGUGAAAAGAGGGCAAGAAACGGUGCUUCGCUGUGAAGCCGCAGGAGACCCCGACAUGAGCAUCACAUGGGAGAAGGACAAGCACCCACUGGACCUCACUGCAGAAAAACGGUACAACCUGCUAAGUGACUCAUCGGCGGGAAAAAUGACUUCGACACUCACAAUCAAGUCGGCAGAAAGAAGGGAUGGUGCCCUCUACACCUGCAUCGUAAAAAACCCAUACGGAUCGGACGAGACAAACAUACAACUUCUUGUACAAGAGCCACCGUCUUCGCCUGCUGAUGUUCGCGCCAUGAAGAUAUCAAGUCGGACGAUAGAGAUAACCUGGUCGCCUUCGUACAAUGGAAACAGCCCCAUUCGGAAAUACCACGUACACUUUACGAACACAAGCUGGGACGUCGCCGGUGCGACCUCGCACCUUUCAGUUCCUGGUACCGAAAACAGGGGCAUUGUUUAUAAGCUGCUGCCAAUGACAACCUACCGGAUAAAGGUGGUCGCGGAGAAUGCUUUGGGACACAGUGCCCCUAGCGAUACGCUUGAAGUGACGACCAGUGAGGAAGCCCCUGGUGGUCCACCACUGCACGUCAAAGUCGAAGCCACUGGUUCUCAAUCACUGAAAGUGACGUGGGAGCCCCCUCGCAAGGAGCUUCAGCAUGGCAAAAUACAAGGCUACUACAUCGGCUACAAGGAAGAAGACCGUGACGACGCCGAGUUCCAGUACAAGAAUGUUGAAGCUCUGGAGACCGGUGGUUCACGGCGCCACCACAUGAGCCACCUGACCAAUCUCAAGCGCAAGACCAACUACGUGGUCAAGGUGCAGGCCUACAACAGCGAAGGGGCAGGACCUAUGUCUGACGACAUGAGUGCCACCACGCUCGAAGCAGUACCACCGACAUCACCGGCGCUGAUAUUCAAGACCAGCACAACGAGUUCGGUCACCGUUGAAUGGGAACGUUAUCCAGAUGACAUGACAGUAAGAGACUACGUGCUCCACUAUCAAGCCGAAGGUGGCGACUGGCAGCAAAAGGCCAUUAGCACUAGCUCGAACAAGUUCACGCUAGAAGGACUCAAGUGCGGCUCCCUCUACAGUUUCUACAUGACUGCAACCAAUAGCCUCGGUACUGCAGAGCCACGUGACAUCAUUUACGGCAGAACCAGGGGCGCAGCUCCGGUCUCUUCGAAGAUGGAGAACUUCAUCGACGUGAACGCCACUUCGGCGACACUGAGGAUGGACAUGUGGCAGUCGGGUGGCUGCCCGAUCCUCCACUUCGCCGUGCACCUUAGGCCCAGCAGCCCCGGACAAACGCAGCAGCAGCAAUCCUGGAAGCUCGUCUCGGACGCCAUUCCCGGCCACCAGAGGCACUUCGAGUUGCGCCACCUUUCGCCCGGCAGGGAGUACGAAGUUCGUGUCAGCGCCCACUCGGACGCUGGCACCACCGAGGCGGACUACUCCAUCAGGACGCUCAACAAGUCGCACAUGGCCGGAGUCAGCUCUACCCACGGAUCGUCGGGAGUCCAGGCAGGAGACGGUGGCGACGUGCCCCUCUACCGGAACCUGUCCAUUCUACUUCCGGUCAGCGUGUCCGUGCUCGUGCUCAUCGUGGUGGUCGCUCUGGUCAUGGUGUGCUUCCGGCGGCAGAACGACGCCUACAGCGCAGCAGGUACUGGCGACGAGAACCACAUGGACGAUCCGCUGCGCAAGUGCCAGGGCAGCACGGACUCUAUGAGCAUGACCGAGUUCUGCGCCAAGAAGGAGCGCCUGCAGCAGCAAGAUGCGUACGGGAAGGCCACCUCUUACUACGCCUCGCCCGCCCGGAAACCCGUUCCGGUCGCAUCGGGAUCGAGGCGAGGGCGCCGAGGGGAGGACGGCCACGAAUAUGCCGAGCCUUACGCCGCGCUACAGGCCCAGCAGCAGCGGCUACUGGCGGACGCCGACUGCGCUGCCGCAGUGGCGAUAGCAUACCGGGCACGGUGCGAGGGUGCCCCCUACGCAACAAUCAAGCGCAGUCCACCUAGGUCUCAUAUAGCGGGUUACUGUCAAGAGGUAUCUUGACAAUGGGACACCUCAAGCAACGGGGUGGUGCAAUGCUUGGUGUAAGCCAAGAAGGGUGAGGCGACGAUCCAGUCGUCAACACCCGACCAAUGCUAUUCCCGACGGUGUGAAGAAGACAGAUGGCUUCCUCGUCGUGUCGUAUUCAGCAAGCCACCCUAUGGACGCCUCGCUUUGUCGAGAAGCCAUGCCGACGUCUGUGUUGCUGACAAAACCUCUUCCGCGUCACGGUACAAAGGAGGGCGCAUUUCAUGUGUCUCCAUCAACUUUAGUGGUAUUCCAUUAUCUGGAGUGCUUCCGCUGGCUCGGACGGUCCAGAGCGAUGUGGUAUACUGUAAUUUGAUAUGUGAUGGGUAACUCAUGCCGUCAGGCUGACUGUCUAUCUGAUAUCAUCGCUUGCGAUAUUCUCAUCGUAUGGAUUGCUUACCUUGUUCUUGUUUUUUUCUUUUUCUUUAUUUCGAGGCAUCAUCACUGCUCAGAACCACUGUUGUGCGCUCAGUAGAGAAAUUAUCUAUUUCUGAUAAUAAUACGAGUGCUACAAGGCAAGAUGUUUAAGUUACUCGUUAGUCAUUGCUGAUUUCGUGCUGCUUAUGAAAAAUAGCAACACUAUAUGAGGCCCUAUUAUUAGCAAAAAAAAUCAUAAGAAAAAACUGAACUGUCUACUGAAAAUGGCCCUUGUACAGUCCCAUAAAUCUGUACAUUGUCUCUCUGUUUUUUUAGAGAAACGCUUCGGAACGGUGAAAUCAUAGGAAUGCUUAAAAGAUAAGCAUUGCGGUUAAGCCUAAGGCUUUCUAUUCUGGAUUCCGGAACAUGUGAACAUGUGUGCAGGUUAAGGUGUUAAGCCAGCAGGAGAAAUGCGCCCAGUGGGCCGUCAUAUAGUGCUGUGGUACUUACGGGGAUAUGAUGUGUUCCCUUUUUUUAUCCGCACUUUGUUAGCCUUGAAAAUUUUACUUGAGGCCCCGUUUUAAGGAGCAUAUAAGAAUCCUAAACAUCGUUACUGUUACACACAAUCGUGGUUCUCUUUGUUGUAUCUCAGUAUUUCGAAUGUGGUUUUCCCCUCAUGACAAGACUGUCUGUUGCGGUAUACGUUCGUGAACGCAAAUUUCUCUGUCCAAAAGACGAGAACUUCUUUAGCCUGUGAUAAAUGUUAAGUUUCCCCGUGCGACGUAAAGGAAGAGGGCGACGAUAUCGCAUCGUCAGGGCCCACGCCACGGAAAAGAGAGCAUUGCGCAACAUGAUUGAAGACAUGCUUAUCAGCCCAGCAUGUGAUCGUCACGUCGGAACAUGCAGCAGGUUUCAGUAAUCUCGCUCUGAAGGCAGAACAAAAGCAGGGCAGUCUGAACCAGUGCGCACUGAUUAAGAACUCCCGGGAACCGUACAUCUCCGGCCAAUACGCUGAGUCUCAAAGGUCACGUGUUAGGCCAAUACUACCAGCUUAAAAAGCAACGCGAAUGGCUUCGCCAGAGGUUGGCUAAGGUUGGCAGCGUGACGUAAUGCUCUAUGCUGGUUUAUUUUCUUCCUCCAAUACUUGUCCAUAAACAGAAUACUGGGAGAUACUGGGUACGCCUGAACAGGCAAGUUAAUAGCGGCAUCUUGUGGCACAGAGUAUAAACAGAGAAAACAGCCUCAUUCCAGCGAACAACCGUAUUCUGCUUCAGUGCUGCUGUAAGGAGUCGUCAGCAACGUUAUCCUUAACACGGAGUCCUUCCUUCUUCUUUUCCCUCGACGAGAACACUCGUGUAACACAAAAACGCUUUCACUGCGUUGUGGUUGAACGAAGCGUCCCAUGAUGUUGCUGCUAGAGUUGCUACUGCCGCACGUUUCUCCGGUUACCCUGCACUCCACGAAAAACGUUUACGGACACGGUAAAGAUAUGGUCGCAUUCAGAGGUGGGUUGAGCUCAUGUGACUUUGCGUUUUGCUAUUGCGCAUUUCGUUUUGCCUGUGUGUGUGAGAGAGAGUAAACCAUACCGCAGAACGCGAGAAGAAACCUUAAAUUCCUUUUGGGUGUCCAAUAAAAGAAUUUUUUUUGUUCA